AUGCAGAUUUUGGCGCUAGGAAAGACGUUGGUACUGCCAACGUCAACGAAGAUGUAUUUUUGGAAUGCACGGAAUUAUUUGUACGUUGUCGUGUAUUGCCAGUGUAUGCUGGCGACGCCAUACCGACACCAGAAGCCCAUAGAUACAUCUGGGCGUAAUGAAGUUUAUGCGGCUUUUAUUUCGACGCGGUACCUCCGAUACAACGAGGACCACAAAUAUGCGUUGCACAGGACUAUAGCAAAGAAAAGCAUUCCAGGGCGCGGUAUACCUGUGAAUCUACAGAAAAUGGUACGCGAUGAUGCUUAA